AUGGGCAACAAGCACAGCAUCCAUAUCGCCAACGCCACCUCUGAGGAUAUCUACGUCUUAGCCUACCUCAGCCCAGACUGGGCCAUCGUUGACGCCAUCACUAACAUAACCGUCAUAGCCGCCGCCUUACAGCAAUUCAAGACUUGUACUGCGCUCGGCGAGCUCCCUGCCAAAAUCACUUCCAUCCGGGACAUUUUCCAGACCUUGUUGGCCGUGAGAAAAGUCAUUGUGUCAGGGGCACAAGGCGUCAAAGCUGCCAUGGCGGUCACUGAAGCGUUCAAGAAGACUGCCGUCAAAAUCCCGGCGGGGACGUUCAAAAAUGUGAAGUCGGAGGAUUUCUUGAGUAUCUAUCUCAAGGCGCAUGGGAUUGCGGGGUUAAUUGGGGCAAAGACGGUUACCUUGAUGGUAAUGGCGGGCGAGGGGAAGGAUUUACGGGCUGCAAUGUGGAACAGCGGGAGCGAUCAUAGCUGGAUUGCGACGAAGAGGGGGGUUAUUGUGAGGAGUAGGUAUGGGACGUUGUGGCAGGAGAAUCCAAGGGCGGGGACGAUUGCUUGGGGGAAGUAG